AUAAUCAUCCCACACUAAACACAAAUAGACUGACAGACAGAUAGUCGGCCGUUCUGCUGUCAUGCUAAAGACUAAGGAACAGAGAGACGCAGACCGAAACCGUUUUUCCCACCUGCUAAUGAGUUAGACACAGUAAAUGGACCCGCCCAACUACAAUAACGCUCAAUAGAUAACGCGAGAGACGAAGGUGAUAUGGAGAGAGAGACGUUCUGCCUCAGUGGAGGUAAAGAGAGGGAUCAGGGAGAGGCGACGAUGAAAGACAGAUCACGGGAAGGUGUGAAAAUGUUCCAGAAAGGGAGUCAGAAAGAGUCUCUCUUCCUCUGUUUGUUAUUGGUAUCCUGUCCUCCCUCUCUCAGGUCAGAGUACAGUAGUUGUGGAGAGUUUGAGUUCUACAACCAGACCCUCAGUAGCUGCCAGCCCUGCCCACCAUGCCAACCUGGACGGGAGCCCCACAUGAACUGUGGCUAUGGGACUAAGGAUGAGGACUUUGUGUGUGUGUCGUGUCCGCCGGGGAAGUACUCGAAGGGAAAGUAUGAGAUCUGCAGGAGACAUAAGGACUGUGAAGGUCUGUACCGUGCUACAGUACUCAAACCUGGGACACCAGACAAUGAUGCAGACUGUGGACCCUGCUUACCUGGGUAUUACAUCCAGGAGAACCGGCCCAGGAACCUGUAUGGAAUGGUCUGUCACUCGUGUCAAAAUGCACCGCGCAACACUAAAGAGUGCAUGCUUACCAAAGCUGUGUUGUCAGGCAAAGCCCCCAGUGUCUCAACCAGCAGUACCACCAUGUUCCCUCACCCUCACAAAGACCCCACAGGACAGGGUCACCUAGCAACCGCUCUCAUCAUCGCCAUGUCAACCAUCUUCAUCAUGGCCAUCGCCAUUGUCCUCAUCAUCAUGUUCUACAUCCUCAAAGCCAAGCCCAGCGGACAGGCAUGCUGCUCUGGUCAGGUGGUGAAGGCUGUGGAGGCUCAGACCAACAAACAGGAGGACAAGAAAGAUGUUCCAGACAAUGUUGUAAUUUUUUCUGAAAAGGAUGAAUUUGACAAACUCAAACCUACGCCUCCAAAGACGGUGAAAAGUGAGAAUGAUGCAUCGUCUGAGAACGAGCAGCUGUUGAGUCGUAGUAUGGAUAGUGAUGAGGAGGCAGCCUUGGAGAGGCAGGGGGCAGCUGAUCCUAACCCCAGCCUCUGUCUCCUGAACCUGGGAACCAAGCCGGACAUCUGCCUGCUUUCCCUGGGGCUCCUCAACAGGGAUAAGACUGUAUCCAACCCCACCGGCCCUAUCAACGCUAACAACAUUAGCAAUAGCAAUGCUAACAUCAUCAAUAACAACAACUACAACAAGGCUACAGGGAUUCAGAGCCGGAGGAAAAAGAUCCUGGAUCUGUAUGCUAGAGCCUGCAAUGUGGCCGAGGGUCUGAGUCCUACAGAACUACCAUUUGACUGUCUGGAGAAGGCCAGUCGUAUGCUGAGCUCCUCCUACAGUAGCGGAGGUGCAGCCGUGGUGAAGACCUGGAGACACCUGGCAGAAAGCUUUGGCCUGAAGAGGGAUGAGAUCGGAGGGAUGAGUGACGGCCUGCAGCUGUUUGAGAGGAUCAGUACAGCUGGAUACAGCAUCCCAGACCUGCUCACCAGACUGGUGCAGAUAGAGAGACUGGAUGCUGUGGAGUCACUAUGUUCUGAUGUACUGGGAGGAGGAGAUACACACACUGUCCCUCUGUCCUCACCACGCUGUGCAAGCGUCUGACUCACGUACACACUAAUGUUCACACACACUCAUAUACACACAUGUAUGCACACAUGCAAUAGACGCAUGUGCAUAUACCCGCACAUACAUUCAGAAACAAACAGUUUUAGCUCUCAYCAUGAAGAAUGUCAGCAGGCCUCUCCAGAUCUCAGAUCUCUCUCCUUCUCGUCUCUCUGUCCCCCUCUGGCAAUGGACUGGCAAUUAACCUUGCUCUAGAUGCCUCGACAAAAGCUUUUUAUAACCUUCUUUAACAUUUUUGCUUUUGUUUACAUAGAUCACAUGUAGUACUAAUAAUAAUAUAAUAAUAUUAAUAUCAGAUUUGAAAAAUGGCAUAAUGGACCUCUGCCAGGACCCCUGUGGCCCCAGACCCUCUAUUACCCCGCCUGCCCCCAGCGGUCAGCUGCUGCCACUGGCUCUAAUUGGUUAUCGUGUGGCGGUCUGGUAUAAUAGUGUUGUGGUUUACAGUCGAGACUUUCAGCACCUAAUUAACCACUAAAACCAAUGAACCAGUAAAGACCAGAUGCCAGAGACUAUUAAAGAGACUGCUAACAGACUAGGCCUACUGCAGCCUGAGGAAUGCAGGGAGACAGAACUCCAGGAGACCCAGCACUGAGCUACGCUAUGGUCAGCCGGGCUCUGACACUAUGCUGGGUGAUUCCACAGGAUGGCAGCCAUUUUGUGCCAAAAAGCUCAGCACAUAUUAGCUAAUGGUGAUAAGCUCCCAGCUACAGACAUUUCAGGAACAAGAGAAGCCUCCUGUGUGUUUGGUUUAUAGUGUUUUAACAGUGCCUUUCUAUACCUGCAAGAAUGCUUUUUCGGUUGAGUGACUGGGGAGGCACACUCCCAUCGCUCAGUGUGUCUUCACUGCUCUGGUGUUUUAAGUUAGCCACGUUUAAAGGGGCUGGACUCCGGUAGUGUAUAUGAAUAAUAAAUGUGCAUGUACAAUGUUCAUCAUUUAGCACGUGUCCAUAACAGCUUCUUUAAGUUUCUCCUUGUUAUUUUCAAUUCAAACACAGCGUCAACAGAAGGCUAGUGGUUCAGGUAGGUAGUUUAGUGACAGAAGAUGACUGACUGUACUGUAUGUGCAGAACCUGGUCCUCUUACCUCAAGAUCACAACGCUCCACAGACUAGACUUUAGAAACAAUGGAAACAAAAACUAUUUUAUGGAAACAAAUGGAAAUGUAUAUAUAACUUAUUAUUGUACAUACUGUAUGCAUCAAUAAAGAAGUAUCAAUUUAAAAA